GACAUCAUGAUGGUAAGUCUGUGAAUAUAUAAAUGCAGGUAAGUCUCUCUCUAUAUAUUUAUGAAAUCAGGAAACGUGAAAUGAUCUGUUUAAAGCCUAGGCAAGCGAGCGCCGUUCCAGGGAAUCAGUCCUUGUGGGAAAUUCCCGUCCCCUAUGAGCUGAGUGUAAAUCUCAGUGUGAACUACAGAGGAGUCAUAUUGAGAGCCUUUGAGCAGUUCAGACUGAAAUCAUGCAUUGACUUUAAGCCCAGAGCGGCAGAAGAGUUUUACAUCUCAGUGGAGAGUCGUGAAGGGUGUUGGUCACACAUCGGACGCACGUCUCCCGGAGGCCAGACUCUUUCCAUUGGGAAUGGCUGUGGAAUAAAAGCCAUUGUUGAGCAUGAGUUUCUCCAUGCACUGGGACUCUACCAUGAGCAGACGAGAUAUGACAGAGAUGAUUAUGUGACAAUCAGAUAUGAAAACAUCCUCAAAGGUUAUGAGAGUUAUUUCAAUAAAUCCAGUGAGAACGUGUCCAGCACCCCAUAUGAUUAUUACUCUGUGAUGCAUUUUGAUCAAAACGCCUUCAGCAACGGUAAUGGAUCCACGAUCAUUACCAAGCGUCCUGAGUUUCAAGAUGUGAUCGGACAACUAAUGGAGAUGAGUGAAUAUGAUGCGAUUGAGCUCAACAAACUCUAUAAAUGCAAUUCCUCCAUCUCUUUCCUUGACCACUGUAGUUUUGAUGAUGAAUCUCUGUGUCAGAUGAGGGUCUGUUCUGCUGCUGAUUAUGGCUGGCAGAGACUGUCCGUGAGUGACAUCAAUGUGACUGACCACAGCUACUUGGGCAAAGAGCAGAAUGGGACGUCUUUCUUCAUGCACUUCAGCACUGAGGGCAGAAACCAGGGGGACUCGGCCAGAUUGGAGAGCAAGACACUGACCCCUACAAGAGACUGCAAAGUCCAGUGCCUGCAGUUCUACUACUAUCACAGCGGCGAUGAGUCUGACCAGCUCAACAUCUGGAUCCGAGAGUACCAGGAUGAAGCAGACAGCAGAGGAACUCUCAGACUUAUGGAUCGGGUCACAGAAACCCCUGGUAAUUACUGGAAGCUGCAUCACGUGCAACUGAACGCAAAUACAUCUUUCCAAGUUGUAUUUGAAGGCCGUAAAGGAGCUGGAAACUCCAGUGGAGGAUUCUCACUGGAUGAUAUCAAUGUUUCAGAGACCGAGUGUCCCAUCACAUGGCAGAUAAGGGACUUUGAGAAACAGAUUAAGAGUGCUGUUGUUUUAUUUAGUCCACUGUAUUACUUCAGUGAUGGUUAUCGCUUUGUGGCAGAGCUAUUUUUCAGGAAUUUUCUUCAAAUAAAUGUUUAUCUGGUAUCUGGUGCAUAUGAUGAGCAGUUGCAGUGGCCUUGUCCAUGGAGACAAAUAACUGGCCAGAUCCUUGACCAGAAUCCACACAUCCAGAAGCGCAUGUCCUUUGAGCAAAGCAUCACCACUGACCCUGAAAUUACUUAUUAUGGUUUAUGGAAAUACUGGGACAAUCCUCGAAACGCUGGACCGCAAAACAUUGGAUCUCAAAUCUUCAUCGAUGGUGAGUCUGUAUUUAGGGGUGGAGCAGCCGCUUUUACGUCCCUGACAAGAGAUGAUCUUGCUAGAAGAGAGUUCAUCAAGGGUGGGGACCUCAUACUUCUCUUCUCCAUGCAAGAUAUCUCAGGACUUCUUGAGAAAGACUCUCUUCCCUGCCCUAAAGUUACAGUGAAGAACUUCAACGUUUCUGCUGACACAAGUGCACUGAACCAGGGACCGUGUGCCUCAAGGUGA